GGGACCUCGGCCCCCUCUUCGCCCGGCUGUGGACGGUGUCGCAGGGCCGCCUCUCCCCGCACACGGGACUCUCGAUGCGGGGACGCGUCCUCCUCCUGUCCGUGGUAUGUGGAGCAGGGAGCGACCAUGCUAAUAGGCAGGUGAUGAAAGGAGAAGCCGGCUGCUCCGUCCCAGCUUAAAGAAGAUCCAGGAGAGACACUGAGAGACACAGAGUUGGAGAAGGAUUCACAGCUAAUAAGGGAAACUCUAAAUAAAAGUGUGUCUGUGACACUGACGAGCAGAACUGGAAUGAUAUCUUGACCUUUUUCCUGGAAGUGACCAAGUGAGUCAUGAGCGGGGGGAUAUAAUGGCCAAGAACAAGGAUGCGCGCCCCCCGGUAUUCGCCAUCAGUGUGGUCGGCCUCUCGGGGACGGAGAAAGACAAGGGAAAUUGUGGCGUGGGCAAGUCCUGCCUGUGCAAUCGGUAUGUGCGUCCUGAUGCCGACAACUACUACUCGGAGCACACCUCAGUGCUGAGCACAAUAGACUUUGGUGGACGUGUGGUUAACAAUGACCACUUUCUCUUCUGGGGGGACGUGUCCCAUCGAGGGGACGACGGGUUGGACUGUAAAAUAUAUCUCAUUGAGCAAACGGAGUUCAUUGAUGACCAGACGUUUCUUCCGCAUCGGAGCACAAACCUGCAGCCGUACACCAAACGGGCGGCAGCCACCAAGCUUCAGUCAGCAGAGAAGCUCAUGUACAUCUGCACGGACCAGCUGGGCUUGGAGCAGGACUUUGACCAGAAGCAGAUGCCAGACGGGAAGCUGAACAUCGACGCCUUCAUGCUCUGUAUCGAUGUAAGCAAGGGUUGCAAUAGGAAGUUUGAUGACCAAAUCAAGUUUGUGAACAGUCUCUACUCUCACAUUGUUAAGUCAAAGAAGCCUAUUGUUGUUGCCGCCACAAAAUGUGACGAGUGCGUGGACCAGCACCUGAGGGACCUGCAGAACUUUGUUGCCAGCAAGAAAAACCUGAUGCUCAUCGAGACAUCAGCUCGCUUCAACAUCAACGUGGAAGUCUGCUUCAAUACCCUCAUCCAGCAGCUGGAUAAAACCAGGGGGAAACCAAAAACGGUGCCAUAUCUGGAGGCCUAUAAAGUCCAACGGCACCUAGUUGCCUCAGGAACAGAUCGAUUUGACAAAUUGAUAGUGCACACGGUGAGAGAUUACCAUGCCACGUGGAAAACGGUGAGCAAUAAUAUGAGGGGCAAACCCGACUAUGAGGAUUUCAUCACUUUGGAGGGCUCGAGGAAAGCACGAAACAUAUUCACAAAGCACAUUGCACAACUGAAACAGGAGCACAUUAAGAGAAGGAGAGAGGAGUACCUGACAACACUACCGAAAACCCUUAAUAACCUCCUCCAUAACCUGGAGGAGGUGGAACACCUCACAUGGCCGGAGGCGCAGAGUGUGAUCCGGAACCGGCCCGACUUCCAGUACUGGUUUGUGAUUCUGGAACACACACCGUGGGAUGAGACGGACCACAUCGACAUCAGUGACCGCAGGAUACCCUUUGACCUCCUCGAUACACCCGAUGGUGAGAGAAUCUACCGAAACCACGUCCAACACCUGUUGUCCGAGAAGAGAAGGGUGGAGAUGAAAGACAGGUUCAAGAAGACACUCGACAGGGUUCAUUUUAUCUGUCCAGGUCAGCCUUGGGAGGAAGUCAUGUGCUUUGUCAUGGAAGACGAAGCAUACAAGUACAUCACAGAAUCAGAUAGGAGGGAUGUUUACUGUAGACACCAGCAGGAAAUAGUUGAAAGGGCCAAAGAGGAUUUUCAGGAAAUGCUUUUUGAGCAUGCUGAGCUGUUCUAUGACUUGGACCUGAAUGCCACCCCCAGCGGCGACAAGAUGAGUGAAAUCCACAGUGUCCUGAAUGAGGAGCCCAGAUACAGAGCGCUGCAGAAGCUUGCCCCAGAUAGAGAGUCGCUCCUUCUCAAACACAUUGGGUUUGUUUACCAUCCCACGAAGGAGACGUGCCUGAGCGGGCAGAACUGUGUUGAUCUGAAAGUAGAGCAGGUUUUGGCCAACAGGCUGGUGCAGCUCGACCAUGGACGCUCUAAUCUCUACUAUAACAGUGCCAACAUCGAUAAGAUCAACCUCUGCCUCCUGGGAAGGGAGGGUCUCUCACAGGAACUGGCCAAUGAGAUCCGAGCUCAGUCCACAGAUGAUGAGUACACACUUGAUGGUAAAAUUUACGAAUUGAAGCUUCUUCCUGUGGACGUCAACUCCACCCUGCUCUUCAGCCAUACGUGGGUCACCACCUUCAAGCCACAUGGUUGCUUCUGUGUGUUCAACUCCAUAGAGUCUCUCAACUGUAUUGGAGAUUGCAUAGGCAGGAUCAGAGCUGAGAUAGCACAGGGUAGGAGAGAUAGAUUUGCUCAGCCGCUACCGUUCAUUCUCAUCCUGGCAAAUCAGAGGGAAAGUGUUUGCAAAAACAUACCAAUCCUGAGGCACCAGGGCCAACAGCUGGCCAACAAGCUGCAGUGCACCUUUGUGGACAUCCCCUCUGUGGCCUUUCCACGCAAAUUCACAGAGUUCCAAGUUAAGCAGGGUCUCCGAGCGGUGCUGGAGGGGCUAAAGCAUAACUUUGAUGUCUUGGCUCCACUGCCCUCCAUCAAAGACAUGUCAGAGACAGACCUCAGGAUAGUGAUGUGCGCUAUGUGCUGGGAUCCUUUCAGCGUUGACCUCAUCCUCUCGCCUUUCCUCGACUCGCAUUGCUGUAGUGCCGGGCAGCCAGGCCAGAGCAACACGCUGAUCCUGGACAAGAUCAUCGGUGACAGCAGGAGGAGGAUCCAGGUCUCGGUCCUCUCUUAUCACACUGCUAUUGGUAUCCGCAAAGAUGAACUGGUCCACGGCUACAUUUUGGUCUAUUCGGCCAAACGCAAGGCUUCUAUGGCGACCCUGCGGGCGUUCCUGGCUGAAGUCCAGGAUGUGAUCCCCGUCCAGAUGGUGGCGAUCACAGACAGCCAGGCAGACUUCUUUGAGAAUGACGCCAUCAAGGAGUUGAUGACGGAGGGGGAGCACAUUGCCACAGAGAUUGCCGCCAAGUUUACAGCACUCUACUCGCUGUCACAGUAUCAUCGACAAACAGAGGUCUUCACUCCCUUCUUCAAUGAAGUGCUGGAGAAGAAGCCGGGCAUCGAGAGUUCUUUCCUAUUUGACAGCUCCUCACGUGAGUGCACCACUGGUGCCAGUGAAGAUGUCUUCCCCACCUCGCCACAUAGCCAUUCCCCAGCCUACAACACCUAUUACCCAGAAUCUGAUGAAGAUAACGAAGCCCCCCCGCCGUAUAGUCCAAUAGGCGAUGAUGUUCAGCUUCUUCCAACACCCAGUGAGCGGGCCAAGUACCGGAUCGACCUCGAGGGCAACGAGUAUCCAGUCCAUAGCACGCCUGUGGGAGACCAUGACCGCAACCACAAAGUGCCUCCACCUGUCCGGCCAAAACCAGUGCACCCCAAGCCUAAUGUCAAAAAGCUGGACCCCAACUUGCUUAAAACCAUUGAGGCCGGCAUGCGAAGUAACCGCAGGACGACUCGCGGCCCAAUGACCCACUCUGAGGACGUUGAGGCAUCAGACAACUAUGCAGACCCUGUGGACACCUUGUUACGGUCCAGGGGGUUCCACAACGACGACAUAUAUGCCGUGCCUGAUGACUCACACAGCCGCCUGGUCAAAAUAAGAAACUCCUUUGGUGGGUUACAUAGUCUCCAUGGAGGGGGAGAGGAAGAGAAUGGAUUCGACCGGAAAUGUCAGGCCAGACCACGGCCGUUGAAAUACAAACAUCGUUCUAAAAUCCUGUUUAGUAAGACAAAGGCCUACCAAAGACGAUUCCAAUCUGACAGCGAUGGUGAGGAGUCCGGCCCUGCCACGCAGAAGAAGAAAAAGGGAAGAGCCCACCGGGGCAGCGAAGAGGAUCCACUGCUCUCACCCGCUGACCCCUGGAAGGGCGGGAUAGACAACCCUGCCAUCACCUCCGACCCUGAGCAGGAGGACAAGAAGAUGAAGAAGAAGAAGCCCAAAACUCCAAAGGAACCAAAGAAGCCGAAAUCCUCCAAGCCUGUCAAGCCUCUGUACCCCCCCACCCGCAGAACCUGGGAGAGCAACUACUUUGGCGUUCCGCUGCAGAGCCUGGUGACCCUGGAGCGACCCAUCCCCCUCUUUAUCGAGAAGUGUGUCGACUACAUCGAACGCACAGGUCUGACGACUGAGGGUCUGUAUCGAGUCAGUGGGAACAAGACGGACCAGGACAACAUCCAGAAACAGUAUGAUCAAGAUCACAGUAUUGACUUCGUGGUGAUGGACGUGGCGGUGAAUGCAGCAGCAGGAGCUCUGAAGGCCUUCUUCGCCGACCUGCCCGACCCGCUGAUCCCCUACAGCCUGCAGCCGGAGCUGGUGGAGGCCGCAAAAAUCGUGGACUACAUGGAGCGUCUUCAGGUGUUGAGAGAAAUCGUGAAGAAGUUUCCAUCCGUCAACUACCAGGUCUUCAAGUACAUCAUCACACACCUCAACAGGGUGAGUCAGCACAGCAAGAUGACGCUGAUGACGCCCGACAACCUGUCCAUCUGCUUCUGGCCCACGCUGAUGAGGCCCGACUUCGAGAACAAGGACACGCUGUCCACCACCAAGCUGAACCAGGCCGUCAUCGAGUCCUUCAUCCUGCAGAGCGACUACUUCUUCCACGGCGGCGAGGUGGCCGAGAGCUCCAGCAGCGAGGGCACCCCCCCGCCGCACUGCCACAACAUGGUGGAGGCCCUGCUGCCGCUGCAGCUGCCCCCCCCACUGCAGCCCCAGCAGAUCCAACACACCCUGCACCCGGACCCGCUGAUAUAAGGAGCAUGCUGGGAAAUCACGUGCGGGGGGGAUUUGUCCGCGCUGCCAGUCGCUCUAGGACAUGAGCGACCUGGAGGUCGACUUCUGCUCGACCGCUCGGCUGUAAACAUCGGAGAAGACACGAGCCGGUGAUUUCUAGGGAUUCAGCAGCUGCUGUUGGUCGUGGACUUUGAGGUGGAGGAGCUUCGGUGGUUUAGAGACACGUCGAGACCUAAUCUGUGAGAUCGGCUCAUCCGGUAAAUCCUGGAUUAGAGAAUUACAACGGGACGUCACCUUUUGGAACUCGUACUGGAUCUGACCGCCUUCCUUUCUACGAUACAGGGACUGAAAGUAUUUGAUGAAUGAACUGAUUUGAUUUGGCACAUAGAGACGACAGGGUUGACUCAGGGGAUUCUGGGACACUAAAGAUCAGCCUCCUACUUUACCCUGAUGGAAUAGCACACUUAAGCCCCUCCUCCUUCUCCCUGCUCCGACACAAGAGAAAAGGGAAGUUAAAACCUAGAGGCCCCCCCCGACUGCAACCCGAUCCUGGUUCUGACCAGUUUGACUCGCCCAGCACCUGAUUCAUUUGAGUCUGUUUUGUGGGACUCAGUAUUUCACGGAGUCUUCCUGCAGAUCUUCAGCACAGGAAACAGUUCUUCUUCUUCUGUCGUCCUUCCACUCGGCUUCACUCGAGACACCGGACGAGAAACAAGCUCACAAACAGGUCGGGGGGGGGGAGGAGGACUGGUUCUACUGGUUCUACUAAAAGAUGAACUGACCCACUACGUGACCUUUGACAGCGCAUGCGUCAAACGUCCCACAAGCCAACUUCAUCUGUGUUUUUAUGUUUUUAUCAUUUCGACAGAUUUCUGUUUUUUUUUUAUAUAUAUUUUUUGUAACGUCUGAUUGUUUGUGUGUAUGAUGACACACAUCGUUAUGUGUGUGUGUGUUGUGUCUGUGUGAACUGACCUGUGGUCUGUAUUGUAGCCAGUUUGUUCCUUCCACAGCGAAGGAGGGAUUCAGGAGGGAAACAGAUUUAAAAAAGGACAAGAGAACCCGACUUCACCGAUUUGAAUCUUCAGCUGUAACGCUUUGUCUCUUUUAGAGCCGCUAACGCUCAAUGCAACGACUGACGACCCCCCCACCCCCCCCCCCCCCC